UUAAGCUCCUUAAAACCCGAAUCCCAAUAGUCAGGUCGCCGGAAAAAUCGUCUUCUCCGGCGCCGAUCACAACAGCAUCAAUUUCUUCCACCGCUAGAGCAUUGACAAAAAUUUAUCCCAUCAAAAUAGAUCUCCCCGAUACCAUGCAAAGUAUCUAACAUCAGGCCCAGAGGGAAAAACACCCUUGGUUUAAAGUAAUUGUCCAAGGCACGACCAGUGAAGUUUGAAAUUCGGAUUGAUUGUUGGUCGGUCAAAACAGUGGUUCCAUGGGCUCCGGGCAAAGCAGCGCCUAGGAGAGCUUCGCCGUGAACAACAGCAUCUCCGGCAACGUAUGCCACGACGAGCCAACAAUGAGACGACGUCGAUUGCGUUUUAGGAAGACCUUUCCGGUCCAACGAACCAACUAAAAGAACUAACAGAGAGUCACUUCUAGUGCAUGAAAUUGUCCAGAAACCGGCCUUCAAUCUUCAUGGCUUCAUAAUUGUCCUUAAAGAAACCUGACAUCGAAAUGCCAAAAGUUGAUGGGUGUUAAUUGCUAAAUGACAUGAUCUUUGUAUCUUAUAUCAGGCAUACAAUACAGAAUAUAUGGAGUUAAUUACUUGCUCAUUGGUGGCGCAUUUCUUUUUCCAGGAAUGCUGCAUUUGUGCUUAAAUAUAUGCACAGAGUAGGUUAUUGGUUCAUUGGAGAUAAAUUGUCUCCUUUGAUUUACGAAAGGACGGGAUUAUUUGCUUUUGGCAUGGCAAUCAAGAAUUGAGCUCUGAAGCUAAAUGCCCCUUCUCUGACAAUCUCAUCAUGAAUUCUCAACCCGAAGGUCGAAUUAGAGAAAAUGGGGAUUUUAAUAGCUCAAAUUCUUCUCUAUAUGGGGAUGUUGUUGAUACGACACUAAAUAUCAAUAUUGAAGCUGAGGAUAAGAAACGAGCAGAUUUGGUGGAGUGGUUAAAUGGUAUUCUUCCUGAUUUAAGGUUGCCGUUGGAAUCUUCUGAACAGGACAUAAGAGUAUGUUUGAUUGAUGGGGCUGUUCUAUGUUGUAUUACAAACAGGCUCAGUCCUAGGCCUGUAAAUGAGGGGAGUAGUUAUGGCCUUUCUUCUGAGGUGUAUAUGGAUAAUGUUAAAAGGUUUCUGGCUGCCAUGGAUGAAUUGGGGCUGCCCAAGUUCGAACUAUCAGAUCUAGAGCAGGGAUCUAUGACUAAAGUUUUGGAGUGCCUUUGGACACUUAAGCAACAAUUUGGUUCCAGUCUUGGGGGAGAUAAUAAUUUGGUUUCAAUUUCCAAGCCUGGAAGCCAGCAGAGGAAGAAAUGGAGAGUUUCAGAAAAUGAACAUUUGGAGGGAAAUACUGGCAGCCAAGGGGAUGCUACUUCAUCUGGACAGCAUACAACAUUAUCCGUAGAAGAGAGACAGAAGAAUCUUUCAGACUAUCAAUCAAAAAAGAAUAGUUCAGACUCAAAAUUUCAGCAUGUUCUGCAUAGUCCUGUCAUGUCAGAGUCAUCGGCUGCAUUGAUACAUCAUGUUGGACAUAAAUUCCAUGAGGUAUUUCAAUUGAAACAAGGAUGUUAUGCUGAUCUUCCUCCUGCUAAGAUUUCUGAAAUGCUGAAAUCAACCAGUUUAGAUAAUGCUCCCACUCAGUCACUGUUAAGUGUUGUAAAUGGAAUUUUAGAUGAAAGUAUUGAAAGGAAGAAUGGGGAAAUACCUCAUCGUGUGGCAUGUCUAUUGAGAAAAGUUGUACAAGAGAUUGAACGGCGGAUUUCUACUCAAGCAGAGCACUUAAGAACUCAAAACAAUCUCUACAAGGCUCGUGAAGAGAAGUAUAAAUCUAGGAUCAGAGUACUUGAAACCCUUGCAGCUGGGACUAAUGAGAAGACCAAGAUUGUUAACGAACUUCAGCAGACAAAGACAGAGAAGACCAAAAUGGAAGAGAGAAUGAAACAUGAGCAGGAUGUGCUUAGACUAAUGAAAGAGAAGGACCUCACUGAUAGUGAAAUAUCUUCCCUGAAGCAGGAAUUAGUAAUGGCCAAAAGGACUUACGAAGAGCGUUGUUUGCAGUUGGAAUCGGAGGCUAAGGGAACUAAACAUGACCUGGAGGAGAGAUUAAAGGAGCUUGAAUUCCUUUUAAAAACUUCACAGGAGGAAGUUAAAGAAUUUGAGGCAUUUUCCAGUUCUAAAGCUGAAAAUUGGAAGAAAAAGGAAUGCAGCUACCUGAGUUUUAUAAAGUCUCAGUUUGAAUCUCUUCAGGAACUGAGGGUAGCUUCUGAGUCCAUCAAGCAAGAGGUUAUGAGUACACAACAAACCUAUUUAGAGGAAUUUAGUCACUUGGGUAAAAAGCUUAAAGGAUUAGCAGAUACAGUUGAAAAUUAUCACGUAGUUCUUGCAGAAAACCGGAGGCUUUAUAAUGAAGUUCAGGACUUGAAAGGUAAUAUUAGGGUGUACUGUCGUAUAAGGCCAUUCCUUCCUGGGCAGAAUGGAAAGCAGACAACCAUAGAAUAUAUUGGUGAUAACGGUGAAUUAGCUGUUGUAAAUCCCUCCAAACAAGGAAAAGACAGCUGCCGGAUGUUUAAGUUCAACAAGGUCUUUGGUCCAACUGCUACUCAAGCGGAAGUAUUUUUAGACACCCAACCAUUAAUACGUUCUAUUCUUGAUGGUUACAAUGUAUGCAUUUUUGCAUAUGGUCAGACUGGUUCAGGAAAGACCUAUACAAUGACUGGCCCAGAUGCAGCACGUAAGGAGGAUUGGGGUGUCAACUACAGAGCUCUAAAUGACCUUUUCGAAAUCUCUCAAAGUAGGAAAAGUUCUGUUUCAUAUGAAGUUGGUGUUCAAAUGGUUGAAAUAUAUAAUGAACAAGUGCGUGAUUUACUUUCAAGUGAUGGUUCUCAAAAAAGAUAUCCUUAA